CGAAAAUCUAAAUCCGUCCGAGCCGGGAAGAAGAAGAGACCACCGUCUUGGCCUGCGCGACACGAAACAGCCGCUGUGAUCGAGAUAGUUCAUAAUCGUCCGUGGCUCGCGGCGGAUCGAUCGAGGGAUCGCGCGCGAGUGUAAAAUUCGCGCGAAAUCUUUUUUUUCCGCGAUUUUCAUUUUUGCGAGCAAAGGAGGCUAAGAGAAAGAAAGAGAGUGAAAGAGAAACAGGAAGAAAUCGCGGAGAAAGUUCACUGUUUUCGCUCUCCUUCUUUCUAUUCCCCGGGAAAACGAGAGAACAGCAGCCACGACGGCGGCCGAUUCGUCGUGAAAUCGCUCGAGGAACAUGAUCCGCGUGGACGAAUCAGACCCAGUGGGAGAGAUCGAGCCCAGUUUUCCAUAUAGAGAUGUGACGGUACGUCGAGGUGUCGAGUUCAAGGACGAUUAUGACAUCCAAUCGGAGCUCGGACGGGGAAAAUUUGGAAUUGUUUACCGAUGCAAGGAAAAAACGAGCGGCUUGAUGCUCGCCGCGAAAGUGGUGAACAUCAUGAAGAAGGAAGACAGACGUGCUGUGCAGAGAGAAGUAGACAUUAUGCGACGCUUACAGCAUCCACGGUUGAUUCAGCUGUACGACUCCAUUGACGCGGGGAAACAGAUAUAUGUCGUUCUAGAAUUGAUCGACGGCGGCGAGCUCUUUGAGAGAGUGAUAGACGACGAUUUCGUACUGACGGAACGCAGUUGCGCCGUUUUUAUGCGGCAAAUAUGCGAGGGAAUAGAAUUCAUGCAUGGUCAAAAGAUCUUGCAUCUCGAUCUAAAACCGGAGAAUAUUCUGUGCCUAACGAAGGAAGGUAACAGAAUCAAAAUCAUCGAUUUUGGUUUAGCAAGAGAGUACGAUCCAAGUAAGAAACUACAAGUGCUGUUUGGUACACCUGAGUUUGUUGCCCCAGAAGUCGUAAACUUUGACCAAAUUGGAUUCGGUACUGACAUAUGGAGCAUAGGUGUUAUUUGUUACGUAUUAUUGUCCGGUUUAUCACCAUUCAUGGGCGAUACGGAUAUAGAGACAAUGGCGAAUGUUACCAUUGCCAAGUACGACUUUGAUCACGAGGCUUUCGCCGAGAUCUCAGAGGACGCGAAAGAUUUCAUAAAAUGCCUUCUGGUGAAAGACAAAGAAAAGCGAAUGACGGCGGCGCAAUGUCGGGAGCACCGUUGGUUGGUCCGAAAAAUGAUCAAGCCGAAGAGCGAGAAGGAGACCGCGGGAUUGGCGGCGGCCAAAAGGAUGGCCUUCAUCGAGAAUCGUCCUGUCAUCAGCGUUAUCGACAAAGAUGAGCUGGACGUGACCAAAGACAAUCUCAGACUGUUCGUCGAACGUUGGCGGGAACAUCCGGACAGUCCGUACACGAUCGACUCGUAUCAUGCGUUACCGAGGAAUCCGCUUCGCGAUCGCGACGAAUCCAUGUCUCUGCGGGGUCACAGUCCCUCUCCCUGCGACAGUCUUCGCAGCAGCAGCACGCAAUCGGAGAGGGUGAUGAUGGACUCCGCCGUGAGAGAUAAUUCUAGCCACUUGUUGCCCGUGCCAAGUCUCAGCUUGUCCUUGGAAAGGAGAGCUUCCGAAGGUACGGCUGCGCGAAAUCGUCGCGAUCCCGCCAGUCAGAUCGCUUUGGCCGAGGAGAUCAUCAAACUAUCCGAACACUUGAGCUCGAUCGCCACGGGAUCGCGAACGAGUGAAGAAAAUAAUGGAGACGCAACGGCAGUGCAACAGUCCAUCAAGAAGCCUGGCGAUGUCGAAAAUAAUCAUAAUAUUUUGAAGAGCAACAUUAAAAUGACCGCGUCUCAUAUAAGUAAAGAGUCUAACGAGAUCACGGAGAAACUAUCCAGUAUCACUCGACAGCGAAAACUCAACGGGACGACCUUUCAUAGUAGUCGUAGUUUCGACAGAUACAAUUUCGAUACAAAUUUCAAUAACGUGUUUGUGGCCUUGAGGAGGUCGAGUAUCGGCGAUGGCGAUGCGUCUGAUAGACGAAGGGAUUCUCAAAAAUAUUCCCUCGAACGGACGGCGAUCACCAAGGCGAUGGGGGAGAAGUUCAACGGGGAAAAGAUCGGCAGAAGAAGGUCUUCUGUUGGUCCGGAGGAAAUGGACUUGACGCCACCUUGGCGGCGAUCGCGAGUGAAACGAUCCUUCGGCGAAACUAGCAGGGAUGUUCCACGGAUAUCGAAUUUGCGGGAUCUACACAAGAAUCUGAAUCUGGACGAGCCGGGCAGUGCCAAGGACCUGCUAUUGCAUCUAUUAGGCGAAUGGGAGGAGGUCACCACGACAUCCUGCAGCGGUAACGGUGGCAGCGGCAAUAUCGGCAGGAAGUCUAUGAGCCUGGAUUGGUGUGCCGCCGACACGAUCGCCAGGAAGACGAUGAAUUCAUUGGCGGAGUAUUUCCAGUCGAAGCAACAGGAAGCGAAAUCUUCCGACGUCGCGUCAUCCACGUCGCCGACGAUAUAUCGUUAAAUAAUACGUUCAUCCCGUUACAGAUUGCGCAUUUGCGAAUUUCGAGGAUUGAUCGCAGACGGAUCAGGAAAAUGCGCGACGUUAACAUUUGGCAGAUUCAAAUUCAACGUCCAGUUGAGUGACGAGCGCUCGCUAUUAUUGGUGUAUUCUUUCAGCUUAUUCAAUCAGAAUUUUAGAUCUAGAAGAAUAUUCAAUCAAUAGCGAGCGCUUAUUCAACUGUUGAGUCUGCUGAAUGCGCCCAUUCUUUCUUCUUUCUGAUCGCAAAUGUUAUUUUGGAACGGUUUGAAGCUUAAGAUGAAAUUUAUGCGUCAAACGCUUAGGGCAAUAAUAUACUUGAUGAAUCGUAAAAAUUAAUCUAUGAAAAAUGUAAAUUUCUGUAAUUUUUAAAGUUGAAGAUUGAUUUUAUAAUCUUUUAAUCCCUUUGAAUUUAUUUCGAUCAUUUAUGUUUUAGACAAACACUGUUACAAAUAACAAAUAAGUGCACGCUUAUUUCUUACUUAACUAAGUUUUUAAGAAGAGAUUAUGAAGAAAUGCAGAAGAAUUUUUUAAAUAUAUUAAGAGGGACGGAUAAUAAAAAAGUAUCGGUAACUUUUAAAUAUCUUACGCUUGCUUAAGUUCAUCGGUGAUCAUCUGAAUCAUCUCCGUUUUUUAUUUUCACCAUUAAAAACAAGAAUCUUGCAAUUUCAUGACAUUUUAGGAAAAAAUGUGUAUAAAAAACGCAUAUAAAAUGUUACGAAAAUGUAAGAUCAUAAAAUUCUCUGUAAUUAAACUCGAAAUAUGUAAAUUCUAGUGGAUAUUUAUGCACAGAGAGAUGAAAAUGAAUAAUGGAGAUGGUGGCUUUAACGAAGACUGUGAGAGCGAUAAAAAAAACUUAUGAAUUACAAAUAACGUCUACGUGAUCAUACUUUAUACUCUAAGCAGACUUUUCAAUAGUUGUGUACCAUCAACACACCCUCCAAUUAUUAAUAUUUUUAUAUGCGUCAGAGUACGACACAUUUUUCAUCAAGAUAUCUCUAUCGCUUUGAUUCAAUUUAAUCCCUUGCGAAUUAAUAAAUCUAUCGUGACGCUUUUAAUAA